CUAUUUAAAUGCACUUUGCAUGCAGACGUCGAAGGCAGAGCCAAGCGCCAGCUGGCUAAGAGCAACUCCCUUAGUUGGACACCCUCGUCGCUGCUAGUUAGCUCUGUGUGCAGCACUGGAUCAUUGCCGAGACUAGCACUCCACACUGCACGGCCGUAAGAUUGGUUUUGCGUGUUCCCAUUUGCUGACUGAUUGAUGACAUCCCAGUGCUGAUUAGCCAACAACUGGCGCUGUUUGAAUUGAGUGUUGGCCGCGAAACAGCCACAGCCACAGCGAGGACCGAAACCACGUGAGCCGCAACCACCAACAGCCGCAAUAACAAUGCGAAAGUGCAGUACGCUAAUCACAGCUGGAUGGCAAAUGAUCUGGUUAGCCUCAGUAUAAUAAAAACACUAAACCAAAAGCAUUUAUCGACAUUUGGGGAAUUCUAAUUGAGAGAAACUUUAAAGCCGAGCUAAAUAUUGCCAGAGUGCUGACUGAAAAGUUGAUAGUCAAAACCCAUUAGAGUUAGAUUGCUCUCGCACAAGAAAACAAUGCUGGGAGGGUGGAGGCGUCUAAUCCAUUUAACGAUUAAUGGCUGGCCGCACUGCUAAUGCGAAUGCCUGUGCAUGCUUGGAUCACUGCUCCUGCCCCCUACAGGUGAAAGUUCAAUUUCUUGUCUUUUGGACCAUUUUACAUGCGGUAAUAGGAAUAUUAGCGUUAUUUUUAUAUCCCAUCCAAUUUCAAGAACAAUUCAAAUGGGCAUUGCUGAUAAUACUUGUGGUACAUCUUAUUUCUGGGAUCAUGAUGUUUAUAUCACUGAUAUAUCAAGAACGCCAUAUGUUCAUUUUUGGCCUCAUUAGUAGCUGCAUAAUGCCUGUGUUCUAUGUAUACCUCGUAUAUCUGCCAAUUGUUCAGAUUGUUUUCACCAUUGCCGGCUGCAGAUUUUAUAAAUUGGGCAUGCACGAUUCUCUUUAAGUGUAAAGUAAAUUCGCAGCAUA